GGGCCCAGACGCCGCUCAGAGCUGGAUGUCAGAGAGGGAGCGAGCUUGACGAAGCUCCGGGUGCGAGAUGGCGCACAGGCCCAGGUCAGAUUGAGGGGGCAGUUGUUUAGAUGCAGCCUCAAACAAGACGUUUCAAGCCGAUGGGCCAGUGGAACAGAGAUGAGGCUGAAGAAGUCUACAGUCAUAGGGCUGUGACGCAGUGAGAGGCGAUGGGGUAAGUGGUCCCCGUGCCGCCUCUGAAUGUCCGUCACCAUGGCGAAGCGCGAGACCGGCAGCGCCAGCCCCGUGGUCAGGCAGAUAGACAAGCAGUUCCUGGUCUGCAGCAUCUGUUUGGAUCAUUAUCACAACCCCAAGGUGCUACCCUGUCUGCACACCUUCUGCGAGAAAUGUCUACAGAACUACAUCCCGCCCCAGUCUUUGACGCUGUCGUGCCCUGUGUGCAGACAGACCUCUAUCUUGCCAGAGAAGGGCGUGGCAGCCCUGCAGAACAACUUUUUCAUCACAAACCUGAUGGAGGUGUUGCAGCGAGACCCUGAGUGCAGCCGACCUGAGGCCUGCAACGUUCUCGAGUCGGCCAGCGCAGCUACGGCCUGUCAGCCCCUGUCUUGUCCCAACCAUGAGGGCAAGGUGAUGGAGUUUUACUGCGAGUCAUGUGAAACCGCCAUGUGUCUGGAGUGUACGGAGGGAGAACACAGGGAACAUGUGACGGUUCCUCUGAGGGAUGUGCUGGAACAACACAAGUCGGCACUCAGCAAUCAGCUGGACACUGUGCGCAACAGACUACCUCAGUUGACGGCUGCCAUUGAGCUUGUGAAUGAAAUCUCCAAGCAGCUUUCGGAGCGUAAAAAUGACGCCGUGACUGACAUCAGCAACACGUUUGACGAGCUAGAGAAGGCUUUACACCAACGCAAGACUGCCCUGGUCACUGAGGUGGAAAACAUCUGCAGCACCAAGCAGAAGGUUCUUCAGGUACAGCUGACGUCUUUGCUUCAGGGCAAAGAGAACAUUCAGAGCAGCUGCAACUUCACGGAGCAGGCGCUGAGCCAUGGCAGCGCCACGGAGGUGCUGUUGGUCCAGAAGCAAAUGGGUGAGCGGGUCAGUGCCCUGGCACGACACACCUUUCCUGAACACCCUCACGAAAAUGGACAUCUUGAAUGCCAGGUAGAGACGGACGGACUGAGGCGCUCCAUCCAGAACCUGGGAGUCUUGAUCACAACGGGAGCCGUGGGCCACACGAGCGUCGCCACCGGUGAAGGCCUGCGACACGCGCUGGUCGGCCAGCACACCACUGUCACGGUCACUACUAAAGAUAAGGACGGAGAACUGGUGAAGACUGGAAACGCUGCUCUGAGGGCAGAGAUUAUCUCUGCUGAUGGAGCGUGCACCGAAGCAGAGGUGGCGGACAACAAAAACGGCACCUAUGAGGUUGGAUAUACCAUCCGCUCGGAGGGAGAGUACACCUUCUCCUUGCUGCUGUACGAACAGCCUGUGAGGGGGAGUCCGUUCCGUCUGCGUGCCGUCAAGCCGUCAGAUGUCCUGCAGUCGCCAGAGGAUGUGAAGAGAAGAGUGAAGUCCCCGAGCGGAGGAGGAGGUCAUGUUCGACAGAAGGCGGUGCGCAGGCCCUCCAGCAUGUACAGCACCACCAAGAAAAAGGAAAACCCGAUAGAGGACGAGCUGAUCUACAGAGUGGGAACAAGAGGUAGAGAUAAAGGGGAAUUUACUAACCUACAAGGCAUCUCGACCUCCAGUAACGGUCGGAUUGUGGUGGCAGACAGCAACAACCAGUGCAUACAGGUCUUCUCAAACGACGGCCAGUUUAAAAUGAGGUUCGGCGUCCGGGGCCGUUCACCGGGGCAGCUGCAGCGCCCCACGGGGGUCACGGUGGACAUGAACGGUGACAUCAUCGUAGCCGACUACGACAACAGAUGGAUCAGCAUCUUCUCCUCGGACGGCAAGUUCAAGAGCAAAAUCGGCGCCGGGAGACUGAUGGGACCAAAAGGCGUGGCCGUGGAUAAGAACGGCCACAUCAUCACUGUUGAUAACAAAGCCUGCUGUGUGUUCAUCUUCCAAUCCAAUGGGAAGCUGGUGACCAAGUUCGGAGCGAGAGGAACGUCAGACAGACACUUUGCAGAAAAAAGUGGUGCAAACAUUGCACUGGAGCAAAAGCUUAGUAAAUCUGGCCCUGUUUUCAGUCCUCACUUUGUGGCUGUAAAUAACAAGAAUGAAAUUGUGGUAACAGAUUUCCACAACCAUUCAGUGAAGGUGUAUAACGCCGAUGGGGAGUUCCUGUUUAAAUUUGGUUCCCACGGAGAAGGGAACGGACAGUUCAAUGCUCCGACAGGCGUGGCCGUCGAUGCCAACGGAAACAUUAUCGUUGCAGAUUGGGGCAACAGCCGGAUCCAGGUGUUCGACAGCUCAGGGUCCUUCCUGUCCUACAUCAACACAACAGCGGACCCCCUGUAUGGCCCCCAGGGCUUGGCCCUCACGUCCGAUGGUCAUGUGGCAGUGGCCGACUCCGGAAACCACUGCUUCAAGGUCUACCGCUACCUGCAGUAGAGACCUGAGACACGCCAUCUUUACCACUGCAAGCACUGACAAACGACAACAACCAAUGUAAUCCACAGGGUGCAAUGACCUUUCCACUACAGCCUUUUGAUGUGCACAUCAGACCAUCUCCCCCCCCCGGAUAUAAUUACGCGUCUGAACCUGAGUUUUAAUCUUAAUGAUGUGUAGUGGAGGUUGAUUUUAAAGUUGGGUGAUGUAGCGUCUGUGGGACAAGUCAUGGACAUGAAGCUGUGGACUGGUUUUGAGAGAAAGUGCAAAAGCUUUCUUGCGUCGUUACCCCACAGUUUGUGUGAGAGCGACACGGUAGGAGGUAGAAGUAUUUAAUGAGCCAUAACUUGUCCAAAUGCAUGAAGUUUUAAUUGAUCUCAAAGCCUAGGCAACAGCACAGUGUACCCAUCAGUUGCUUUUCUCAUGAACUAGUAGAUGCUUACAGUGAAAUGAACAGCGCUGCGCUUCUUUAGCAAUGACAUGUAAUAAAAAUAAUAAUCAUUUAGGGACUUCUCACAUAACAUAAUCACACCACCAUCCGUGCAUUGAUUUGCUGUAUGUACUGUAUAUACAUAAAUGUAUAUUGUGUAUAUUAGAUCACUCAGUAUGUGCUAUGAAUUUGAAACACGGGCCUUUUGGCUCAUGGGAGAGCAGCAGUCAAGGACUUUCUAGGAUUUUAAACGUGUGUAUGGCAGCUGUUAAAAAAAAAAAAAAGAUUGUGCUUUCGAAACAUACCCAGCACUUGCUGAAAAAAAGAAAUGUGUCAUAUUUAUUGCUAAUGUAAGCAGCACAAUAAUCCAUUUUUGUUAAUAUCUGUUGUUUUGAAGGGAAAAAAACCAACAAAAUGAAAAAAAAGCUAAUUUAUUUUAUUUUAUACACUAGUGCAGCAUUUACAAAUUAUUUUUCUAAACGGGUGUGCUUUCUUUUCACACUUUUCACUGUAAAGGAGAAUUCACAAUCCAGCAAAAAUCUGUGUUCGUGCACGUGGGAAGCAGUUUUCUAAAACUACUGACACAUUUUUUUUUUUUAAAUUUUCAUUUGGGAUGUCAUCAAAAAUGACAGUUUCUCUGUUACAGAUGAAUGGCUGACGAUAUCGGGAAUGGUUUCAUAGACUCAUUGUUCUGCCUUUAACAAAUAAAGAUUUUCCAAACCGGAAUCCGUAAUAACAUAUCUCAGGAAAACCAUCCAUCCAUAUCACAUCCAAACCAUAUCAAUAGAAACAAAAUGGUUUCCGAUUUUUAGAUUUUGAAGGAGACGUUGUGAGAAAACUGCUGACUUGUGCAAACACGAGAUUAUAAAACUAUUGGAGUGGAAAAUGAAUUCUGUUUUACCAUUUUUUGUCUGUUUGUUUUGUUUUGCUUACACAUAGGAAACCAUGACAAAAGAAUCCAAUUUAUAAGAUAUUUACCAGCAAACUCAUCCACGAUUCGGCUUGUCUGGACAAAAAACGCUGUUAUAUCCGAGUUUCUGCCUGAACUGUAUCAAGCCAUGAAGAAAACCCUUGUACCAGUAGAGGUGUUGCUGCUCUUGCUUCUCCCAGUGUUCAUUCUCUGUAAUGUCAUAUGAAACCCUGGUGCCAGAGCAGAUGAAGGGAGCAGGUGCAGGAAGAUGGCAGCGUCCUGGUCUGAUAUAAUCACCAACACGACUGCAGGAUGUGACCUGCUUUCACCAGUUCACUCUACCAGGAAGCUGCUGUUUCACGUGCACCUGGUCCGUUGUUUGACUUGUUGCCAAACAGGAGCCCGGACAUCUUUAUAGAGUCGAGGGGUUCCACCUUUUUAGAGACGUGUCCGAAGCAUUUUAACCUGCGCUGUUUGUGUCACACCACUACAAACGAUCUUUGUUUUCUUUAUGAAUAUGCACUGGUAAUAAAAGCACAUGGUUUACUGA